CCCCGCCAGCACACCACAAUGUCGGGAGCAGCAACAGCGGCAGGCACGUCCAGGUUCCAGGCGUUCAUGAACCACCCCGCAGGCCCGAAGACGGUCUUCUUCUGGGCCCCGCUCAUGAAAUGGUGCUUGGUUGCGGCGGGCCUCAAGGAUCUCUCGCGGCCCGCUGAAAAGCUGAGUGUUCCGCAGAAUCUCGCUCUCACUGCAACCGGCUUCAUCUGGGUGCGCUACUCGCUUGUCAUCAAGCCGAUCAAUUACAGCCUUGCUGCUGUCAACUUCUUCGUUGGUACGACUGGUGUCGGCCAGCUCGCACGAAUCUGGUACUACAACAACACACACAAAGACCCAGUCCUAGACAUAUUUGGACCAGCAACUCCGGCUGAGUUCACAACGCAAAAGCCUGGGCCCAUCACUGAUGUUGCAUAGGCUGCCGAAAUACCGCGCUGUUUGUAUGGCAUGGUUGAAAUCUAGCGUGCAUCUUUCUGUAUCGCUCAGCAUGCUCUGCGCCAAAUCACUUCCGAGGUGUGCACAGGACCGAAACGCGAUUCAAAGUGAAAUAUAAAACCGACUAUAUACCGUCCAGGGUACAUGUCAAAAAUUACUUCGAGACUCGAGCGCAGCAACGUUGUACAUAAACAUGGCUAAGAAACGCAU